UUCAUCAUACUAACGGCCUAAGCUAGGAGGGCUUCGACUAAUAAUAUUGUGAUUCACUGCAUGUGUAGCUUAUGAAUUGUUGUAUAUGCAUAACAUAUAUCAGUAAAAUAUAUAAAUCACAUGCCUAGGUCGAAUCGAGACUUCAAGAAUCAGUAGUUGGCCUUUCACGGGAGCGACUUGGGUACUAAAAAACGUCGGAUAACGCCGAGUAGAGUCUCCUCGCGUUGCGUUGUUCAGCUCGCAGCUCAGCUCAGCUCGGCUUUCCAAAGAAGAACCAAGAGAAAGUAAAAUAUGGCCUUAAAUCAAGUUUUCUCCAGGCUUGGGACGCUCGGCUUAGGUGUUGCCAUCGCAGGAGGUAUUGCAAACUCGGCCUUGUAUAAUGUUGAUGCUGGUCACAGAGCCGUCAUCUUUGACCGAUUUGCUGGAGUGAAGGAUAUUGUGAUGGGAGAGGGAACACAUUUCCUCAUCCCUCUGAUCCAAAGACCCAUCAUCUAUGACUGCAGGAGUAGACCAAGGAACGUACCUGUCACUACUGGUAGUAAAGACUUGCAGAAUGUGAACAUCACUCUUCGUAUCCUGUUCCGGCCGAUAGUUUCUGAACUUCCUAAGCUGUACGUCAACCUCGGUGAAGACUAUGAUGACAGAGUACUCCCGUCCAUCACCAAUGAAGUUCUUAAAGCUGUUGUGGCUCAGUUUGAUGCCGGAGAGCUGAUCACACAGAGAGAAGUGGUAUCACAGAGGGUCAACGAGGAACUGGCUGAAAGAGCUCAACAGUUUGGUAUCGUCUGUGAUGACAUCUCACUGACCCAUCUGACGUUUGGACGUGAGUUCACCCAGGCUGUAGAGAUGAAGCAGGUUGCUCAACAAGAAGCUGAGAGAGCAAGGUUCCUUGUAGAGAAGGCGGAGCACCAGAAGCGAGCGGCCAUCACCACCGCAGAGGGAGACUCCAUUGCUGCCUCACUGCUCUCCAAGGCCUUCGCUAAGGCAGGCAACGGUCUCAUUGAGCUGAGGAAGCUUGAAGCAGCAGAGGACAUCGCCUACCAGAUGUCAAGGUCACGUAACGUCUCCUACCUACCCCAAGGACAGCAGACGUUACUCAGUCUUCCUCAGUGAUAGCUUAUAGUACUCACCAUACAGAUGAGAUAUCUCUGAAGUUAUUUGCAUACAUACACCAACAGAUUUCUAUGUAAUGGAUAAAGUAUUCCCUAGCCAGAUUGAUUCCAUAAACUUGUUGGGAAGUAGUAUGAAUUUCUUCUUUAAUAGAAAAGAAGAAAACAAAUUCUAAAUGCACUUAUGAUGCAUUAGUAAUCUUCUGAGUAUGAAUAUUUUGGACAUUACAAUGCUGUUUAAAAUUAUUCGUUCUGAGCUGUUUACAACAUUAAUGACAAGCUCUAUAUAAGUAAGUCUAUAUACAUUGUGUUUGCUAUCAUUUAGGGCUUGAAGUUGCAAAUUUCUACAGAUUUGUUAUCUUCAAAUUUCAUCAAACAAAUUCUUUACAACAUUUGACUCUUAACCAUUUGUGUGACCUAUGAUCAAAGGAUACUGCAUUGUGUCUAGAAGAAAAAUCUUUACCUGCAGUCUGUCUGUAGACUACUUUUGCAAUGAUAAUCAGUUAGGCAGUGAGAAGAUCUCGGGGGCCCGAGGGUCUUUUCCUUCAUAAGUGAAUAGGCCUGAAUGAUUUAGUUGCCAGUUGCUCUCAGUUUCCUUUCUUUGACCAAGCACCACAUUGUAGAGAUUGUUAUAAGAAUCAUGACCCUCUGUGUGACAUUAUGGAGAGCUAAUGUAGACGGUAUAAUACAUUAUUAAUCAAUGUGAUUUCUUUUAAUCAGACAUGGGUCUACUCUAUUUCAUCUUUUAUUCUUUUGUGAUCAUACAUUACUCAUGGUGGAUAAAAGAAUUAUUCAUCGUCGCCCAAAUCUGCUUGCUUUUCUUGCAGUCACAGUGGUUUAAGAACGAUUCACCUCUUUCUUGGUGGGAUAUCUUGUAGAUUGAAUAGAAGAUUUUUGUUACUUUGUAUUGCCAUGAAGCCGAUUAUGUGAUUUGUAUUUGGAAUAAAAAUCCACUACGAUGUGUACAAAACGUAGAAUCACUGA